AUGCGCACCGCCGCCGACUGCGUCCGUGGCGCUCUACUGCUCUCGGCCUCCUUCUUCCUCAUCUUCACAUCGUAUGCUGCCAUCGAGAAUCUGGAAACCUCGAUCAUCCCCGGCGCUUGCACAGGCUGCAAGAGCGUUCAAGACGGUGCGAUCUGCCAGCUCGGCGACGUCUGCGUCCAUAAAGUCCAAUUCGCUUGCGACGUGGCGUGCGCAGCGCCAUACAGCGAAUGCAAAUGCAGCAUGAUUUUGGGCGUCAACUACCUCCUCUUUUCCGUCAGCUCGCUCGCGGGGCCCUUCGUGCCCGCGCUGUUGGGCGAGAAGACAAGCAUGGUGCUCGGCUCCAUCAGCUACACAACCUUUGGCAUCGCCAACUUUGUCGUCGCCGUGUACCCGAGCCACACGACGAUGCACUGGUGGAUCAUGCUGCCGGCGGCGGUCUUUAGCGGCGUCUCGGCGUCGUUUCUCUGGAUUGCGCAGGGGAGCUACUUGACGCAGCUCAGCGUACACUACGCCGAGUACAUGGGUCUUCCCGAGACGAGUUCCAUGGGGUUUUUUCACGGAAUAUUUUUUGGCAUCUUCAAGUGCAGUCAGAUUGCCGGCAACCUCAUCUCGUCGUUUGUGCUUGGGACGCUCGGCUGGACGACCGCAAGCCUCUUUCUCAUGUACGUUGGUAUUUCGUGCACGGGAACACUUCUUUUGUGGUUUUCAAUUGAAGAGCAAGCCCCGUUGUCGCCGCUAUCGACACCGACCGAAACCACACGGCUCUUGCACGCGCACCAGAAACACUCGGUUCUCGCCACAGUGCGCGCCGUGCUGACGAUGGCCCUCGACAAGCGCAUGCUCACGCUGACCCCGCUUUUGCUUUUCAACGGCAUCCAGCAGGGCUUUGUGUCGUCCGAAUUCACGUCGACGAUCGUCCGCCAGUCGCUCGGCCAAGCGUCCAUUGGAAACAUCAUGGCCAUCUUUGGCGUCGUCAACGUCGCCUCGUCGUACGGCUUUGGCCGACUCGCCGACACCAUGGGCACCUUGUAUGCGCAAAUCCUCGGGUUUACGGCGCUCCUCGCGGCCUACGUGGUCUGCCUCUUGCUGCCACUUGCGCGCUGCGACAAUCAGUGGACCAUCAUGGUCGGUCUCUCGAUCCUCCUCAGUAUCGGUGACGCGUCAUCGACAACGUUGGCCAACGUUGUGCUUGGACAGGACUUUGCCCACGACUCGCUGCGAGCCUUUUCACUCUUUCGAUCGUACCACGCAGGCGCUGCGAGUCUCAGCUUUUUCUUCCUUCGAUACCUCAGCUUGGACGGGCGUUUGUACUUGUUGAUGACGACUCUCUUACUGGGCAUUGCACUCUUUGUCGUCCACCACCUCGGCUAUGCGCCGCGCAAGUAG